AUGGACCCAACUCAGCUGCCUUCGCGGGACCUCCCUGAAGGCGUCACCUCACGUUAUGUCGACACGUCCCCUGUCGGACUGAAAUCCCACGUCCUCGAGUCUUUUCCAGACGCCGCAUCCCCAAGUCGUCUCCCGCCGUUGCUCGCCGAGGCCGGCUACUACGCGGUAGCAUUCGACAUGAGGGGUUUCGGCCGCACGCACAACGCGGAUCUCAAUUCUAUCAGCGAAAGCUCGUUCCGUCGCAUGACUGCAUUGCGGGACGUUGUCACGCUCGUCCACGCCCUUGGGUAUGAGAUCAGCCACACCCUGGUGGGACACGAUAUCGGGGCGUUCGUGGCUUCGCUCUGCGCCCUCGUGCGAGGAGACAUGAUCAAGUCCCUUGUGUUGAUGUCGCACCCGUUCAAAGUCUCUCCUCAGCUGCCAUUCGGUACGGCGAUCUCUCCCCUGCUGGCCUCCGCUGCCUCCAACGGUGCUGGAUUUGGCAAGGGAGAAGGGAUCAAGGCCGACCCCGAUAUUCGGUCGUCACUCUUGAAGCUUGACCCACCCCGGGGGCCCGGAAGCAUUGCAACAGCCGAAGAGUGGACCAACCCGACCGGCGAGCCGAUGCGCCGGUUCCUUAGAGCCUUGAACAAGCCAGGGCCCCUCGCAUCAUGGACCGCAGAGCAGCUCGCCGUCAUGCCGCACUACUACGUCAUGAGAACCCAGCUAUCGAUGCGCGGAAACGUGGACCUGGACAUGUCCGACGAGCCGGCUGAGAUCCGCGACAGGCUCGGCGAGACACGGUGGCUCACCGACGCGGAUCUCCAGGUGUACACGGACGAGUUCUCGCGCAACACCUUCGGUCCUCCUUUGCUGUGGUACAAAGUGCUUGUGGACCCGAGCCUUUCCGCGGACCCCCUAUGUUUCGCGGGGACAAAGAUCGGUAUCCCGACAAAGUACGGAACGAGCGACUGGGGUACGUAUCAGGUUCCGGGCUCUCUCGACGCAAUGGGAAAUGGGGAGAGUGUUCGGGACGGCUGCUGGAAGAGAGCAACUCAUAUUCCCGGCGCUGGGCACUGGGUCAACAUGGAGAAGCCUGAAGAGAGAGUCAAGGAAAUCUUGGAGCUGGCGAGGUCUGUCUAGGUAGGUCCAAGGUAUAGAAAUGUUUGAGGG